ACGUAUAUCAACGCAGAGAAGAUAGUACUUAGGGGUCUUAGAUCACAUUUAAUUUUUACAACUCAUGUUUCCUGGAGUUUUUUUUUUUUUAAUUUUUUUUUUUUUUUUUUUUAAGAUUUUUAUUUCAAUGUCUCAGUGUGCGAGUGAAGGAGGGACGCCACUGUUUGGCAAUAAAGCUCAUUCUGAUUCGGAUUAUAAAAACUGUUUUAUUCUACACGGAGGACAGGGCUGACUCCUCAUCUGGGCUGCCAUUUUAGGAUCACGUGACAAGCUGAAUACUACUCGCUUAAUUUCAGCAAACCGCUUUGUUAUUGGACACUUUCACUCAUGGAUUAAAUGAAUCAUGCAAUGGCAUCUGUAACUGAAAACGAUUGUGUUUGAAUGAUGCUGCAUCCACACCGCUGGGGGUCAGUGUUCAUGAACAACCGGGUCCCAUCUAGCAAGAGAUAUCAGCCAACUGAGUACGAGCAUGCGGCCAACUGUGCCACUCAUGGAUUCUGGAUCAUUCCCAGCAUGCUGGGCAGUUCGGUGUUGUACUUCCUAUCUGAUGACCUGUGGGAGACUAUCUCUGCAUGGAUGUAUGGUACAGGUCUGUCUGGGCUCUUCAUCAUGUCCACCAUAUUCCAUACUGUGUCCUGGAAGAAAAGUCACCUCAGGAAGGUGGAGCAGCGAUUCCACAUGUGUGAUAGGAUGGUGAUCUAUUUCUUCAUAGCUGCAUCUUAUGCACCCUGGCUGAACCUGAGGGAGCUAGGACCCUGGGCUGUUCACAUGCGCUGGUUGGUGUGGAUUAUGGCCUGUGCUGGCUCGGGCUAUGUCUUCUUCUUUCAUGAAAAGAACAAGAUACUAGACUUACUGUGCUACACUGCCAUGGGAGCUGUGCCUGCAGUUGUUCUUCUAUCAAUGCCUAACAGAGAGGGCAUAUUAGAGCUGUCAGUGGGUGGAGUCUUCUACUGCCUGGGAAUUGUCUUCUUCAAGAGUGAUGGCCUCAUCCCAUUUGCUCAUGCCAUCUGGCAUGUCUUUGUGGCAGUGGGGGCUGGCAUUCACUAUUACGCCAUCUGGAGGUACUUGUAUGCAACGAGCACCAGCCAAAUCCAAAUAUCCAGGUGA